AUGAAUGUGGCAGAGAUCGGGCUCAACCUCACCAACCGCAGCUCCUGCGCAGACCCGCUGGGCGCCCCGGCCUGGGCCGGACAGGGCCCCGCGCCCGGCGCCUGCUGGCUGCCCCGGCGCGUCCCCAAGGCCGUGCUGCUCAUCAUCGACGCCCUGACCUUCGACUUCGCCCGCUUCGACCCGGCCAAGGACAGGCCCCGGCCCUACGAGAACAAGCUGGGCUUCCUGCACCAGCUCUCCAGCUCCCAGCCCCGCCACGCCCGGCUCUACCGCUUCCGAGCCGACCCGCCCACCACCACCAUGCAGCGCAUCAAGGGCAUCACCACCGGCUCCCUGCCCACCUUCAUCGACGUGGGCAGCAACUUCGCCUCCUACGCCAUCCAGGAGGACAACCUGCUCAGCCAGCUGGUGCAGAACGGCAGGAGAGUGGUCUUCAUGGGAGACGACACCUGGGACGGGCUCUUCCCCCAGAAGUUCUUCCGCUCGUAUUUCUUCCCUUCGUUUAACGUGAAGGAUCUUCACACGGUGGACGAUGGGAUCCUGCAGCACCUCUACCCGACCGUGGAUGGCGGUGAAUGGGACCUGCUGAUCGCCCAUUUCCUGGGCGUGGAUCAUUGUGGGCACAAGCACGGACCUGACCAUCCAGAAAUGGCCAAGAAACUCACCCAGAUGAACGAGAUGCUCAGGUGCACGCUCGUCCCCUCUGGCCUGCGGGUCCUGCUGCCGACUGACCCGUCCCUUGUCCUCCCCCAGGAGCCGGAAACCGUCCCGCAGGUGAACCUGGUGCCCACGCUGGCCCUGCUGCUGGGCGUGCCCAUCCCCUACAGCAGCAUCGGGGAGGGGAUGGCGGAGCUGUUCUCGGGGGACGGCGACGCGGCUUCGGCCGCACUCCGUCAGCUCUCGGCGUAUCACGUCAAUGCCAGACAGGUAGGGGCGGCCGGCGCUGAGAGAGGAGCUGCCUGGGCAGGCGGGCUGUGGCGUCCCCGCCCCGUCUUUGUGUGCGAGGCGCCCAGCUCCCCGCGGAGGCGGCUGAAGGAGGAGCUGUGCGAGGAGGAGCCCAUGAUGGAGAUGAGGCUGCGGGAGUCUCCUGAGAGGUCUCCUGGCCUGCGUCGGGGCGGCCAUGGUCCUCAGGAGGCAUCUCAUGGUCUGGAAGGUGUUUGCCCCAAACUCCUGGCCUGCGUCGGGGCGGCCAUGGUCCUCAGGAGGCAUCUCAUGGUCUGGAAGGUGUUUGCCCCAAAGUAA